ACAAGUUGUUUCCUCCCAUCAUGGCCGAGCCUACGAGAAACCCAGAACUCCUGGAGAGCGACGUAAGCACAACCUUCUCGCCGUUCACUUCUUGAAUUGAAACCUUUCUUGUCUUCAGAUUGAACUUCUCCGGCAGGACUACCAUGCCCUUCGCCACCAGGGGUUAGCACACAUCAGCGAGUUGGAGCACAGGGAUGCACAGCCAGCUCAUAUGCGCCGUUCGUCCAGACGUGCAAGUGCAUGCAACUGCACGCCCACGCGCUCCGAGCGCAAUGAGCCAAGCGCCGCCAGCCAGGGAAAUGUAGAGCAAACAUCGCCGUUCCGGGAGGUGGGAUCGCACGGCCUGCGCAUUCAAGUGGUCGAGAGUCCAAAUACUACACGCCCUAUGUCCGCACCCCAGCCGGAGCAGCACGACCCGUCUUCAGGCCGACAGGAGGGACAACCGCGACCAUCUGCUGUCUUGCUUGGAAAGCGGCCGGAGACGCACCGGCAGACCAUUGCCAAUGCCAAUGCCAGCGCCAGUACCGUUGGGUUGCCCAUUGAUCGACCGACGAUCCCCACGUUGCGCCUCGUUGACAGAUCUUCUCGACUGCUACUGCCAAUCCCCUCACGUCGCGAGUACGCAAUUCGCUCCCGCCCCGAGAAAGUCGGUUGGUACGCCUCCGAAGGCCCGCUGCUCUCGGCCGUACCCAUGCCCCCAGAGGAAGCCAGCUUAGCCGACCUCUACACGAAUAUAUACGAAGAUCAGGGCUGGCACUACCUGCAGAUCUGGCUGCGUGUGGAUCCGCCCAACUGGGUGAAGGUCGAAGAGAACUACCCUCACCCGUACCUCGAAGAUCAUGUUCUCCGUAUACUGGAUAAAGGGGAGCCGCGGUGGGUAACGAAGAAGACGUACCGCAAAUAUGUCACGUGUUGGAGAAAGCAGGGUUAUCGGAUCUCGGAGGGUGGGCCGUCUGGACUGCCUGGCUCGCCGUGAGUGAGCUUCGUGCUGCUGGAUUCGCUGAGAAUGAGGUUUAGCAUGCUACGUGGGAAAGAGUGGCGAAUCAUGGG